CUGAGAAGGUGUCCUCCCUGGGCAAGGACUGGCACAAGUUCUGCCUGAAGUGUGAGCGCUGCAACAAGACCCUGACCCCAGGGGGGCACGCUGAGCAUGAUGGGAAGCCCUUCUGUCACAAGCCCUGCUACGCCACGCUGUUCGGCCCCAAAGGUAUGUCCGUGCUCUUCCUGUGCCUGUGCAACCCCUCCAGCGUCACCACCUUCACCGGGGAGCCCAACAUGUGCCCGCGCUGCGGCAAGAGAGUCUACUUUGCCGAGAAGGUGACUUCACUGGGGAAGGACUGGCACCGUCCCUGCCUACGCUGCGAGCGCUGCAGCAAGACGCUGACCCCGGGGGGCCAUGCUGAGCACGAUGGACAGCCGUACUGCCACAAGCCCUGCUAUGGGAUCCUCUUUGGGCCAAAGGGCGUCAACACCGGAGCUGUGGGAAGCUACAUCUACGACAAAGACCCCGAGGCGAAGAACCAGCCCUAG